AUGCCGCCGAAGCGAAAGGCGGCGCCGGGGCAGGGAAAUGCGACCAAAGCAGGAAGGGCGUCUGCCAUGUCGACCCCGGGCCCGGCGACCCCGCGGAGUCUCGACAGCUCGAUAAUGUCCGAUGGCGAUGAUGACUUCGAUGAGGAUGUGACCGAAGCCCAGAGGGAACGCGAGGCGUUGCUGUCCAGGGAAGCUGACGAUUUCGUCAACAAGUUUACCUUUAAGGGCAAGCGCCUCCAGGGCCAAGACGACGAACUGGCCGGCAGGGGUAGGCGAGCUGAUGCGGCGACGCGGUUAUUCAAGAAGCGGGACUUCUCCUAUCUGCCGCUGAAACCCGACCACCAGAACCGGCCGCUGUGGAUCGAUCCAGAUAGCUGCACGGUCGUUCUCGAACGAUUCAAUCCGCUGGCCGAGCAGGCGACUGACUUCCUCAUCACAAUCGCGGAACCAAAGUCUCGGCCUACAUUCCUGCACGAGUAUGCCCUGACACCACACAGCCUGUACGCCGCCGUGUCAGUGGGCUUGCGGCCGCGAGACAUAAUCAACACGCUAGAGCGUUUCUUGAAGACCUCGUUGCCCGAUGUCGUCCGCAGGAAGAUCGAAGACCACACCAAGAGCUUCGGCAAGGUGAAGUUAGUCCUCAAACACAACAAAUACUUCGUAGAGAGCGUGGACGCCGAGGUAUUACAAACCCUUCUAAAGGACCAAGUGAUCGGGUCACUCCGCGUCCACGGGUCCGGCGAUAUCACAACCAGCUAUGCACCCACCAUGGGUGGUCUCGUCAUCCCGGGGACCCAAAAUGCUGCUGGCGUCCACCAGGCCAAUUUGAGGCAGGCCGAAAAGAAACCCGGCGAGGGAGGGGAUGCCUCCAACGAGGCUGACCUCUUCAACGCCCUGAAUGAAGAAGAUGACGAUGACGAUAAAGAAGCCGUCCAUGCAUUUGAGAUUUCGGAUGCCGACGUCGAGACGGUCCAAAAGCGCUGUCUCGACAUAGGCUUCCCCAUCCUGGAAGAAUAUGACUUCAGAAAUGACGACGUAAACCCGAACCUCGAAAUUGACCUGCGCCCGAACACCCAAAUCCGUCCUUACCAGGAAAAGAGCCUGAGUAAGAUGUUUGGUAAUGGUCGCGCGAAAAGCGGCAUCAUCGUUCUACCGUGCGGUGCGGGCAAGACGCUAGUCGGCAUCACGGCCGCUUGCACAAUCAAGAAGGGCGUCAUCGUCCUCUGUACAAGUUCUAUGUCUGUUGUACAGUGGCGCCAGGAGUUCCUCAAGUGGUCCAAUAUCAACCCGGAUGAUGUUGCUAUCUUCACCGCCGAGAGCAAACAGAAGUUUUCGGGUAGCACGGGCAUUAUCGUCACCACAUACUCGAUGGUUACUAACAGCCGAGAACGUUCCCACGAUUCGAAGAAGAUGAUGGACUUUCUGAGGGGGCGUGAAUGGGGUCUGAUGCUCCUAGACGAAGUCCACGUCGUUCCAGCCGAGAUGUUCAGGAGAGGCCACAUCGCCAAGGUACAAUGCGCCGAGGUCUGGUGUCCCAUGCCGACCGAGUUCUACGACGAGUAUCUACGCGCCAACGCCCGCAUGAAACGCACCCUCUACGCCAUGAACCCACGGAAGUUCCAGGCCUGCCAGUACCUCAUCAAUUACCACGAGGCUCGCGGCGACAAGAUCAUCGUCUUCUCGGACGAGCUCUACUCGCUGAAGCAGUACGCCCUCAAACUCAAAAAGGUCUUCAUCUACGGCGGCACAUCCCAGAACGAGCGCAUGCAAGUGCUCGAGAACUUCCAGCACAAUCCCGAGGUCAACACCCUCUUCCUCUCCAAGAUCGGCGACACCUCUCUCGACCUCCCGGAGGCGACUUGCCUCAUCCAAAUCUCAUCGCACUUCGGCUCCCGUCGUCAGGAGGCGCAGCGCCUGGGGCGUAUCCUCCGGGCUAAACGCCGUAACGACGAAGGAUUCAACGCCUUCUUCUACUCCCUCGUCUCCAAAGACACCCAAGAAAUGUACUACUCCUCCAAGCGCCAAGCCUUCCUCGUCGACCAAGGCUACGCUUUCAAAGUCAUCACCCAACUCGCCAACAUCGAAAAGACCCCCGACCUGGCCUUCGCCACCCCCCUCGAGAGCCGCGAACUCCUACAGCGCACGCUCGUCGACAACGAGCGCGGCGGCGAGGACGACGUCGAGACCGACGACCUGUUCGGGAAGCCCGGCCGCGGUGGUGGAAGGAAAGCCGGGAACGGCGUCCGCCGCACCGCCGGCAUGUUGAGCGAGCUCGCCGGCGGCCAGGACAUGGCCUACAUCGAGCAGAACAAGGCGGCGAAUAAGGCGCUCAAGGGUAAAGGGAAGAAGGGUGCGGGUGGCGAUGGGCAGAGCAAGUUCUUCAAGGGGCUGCAGAGGGAGAAGGAGAAGAGUCGCGCGAGGGGGUGA